AUGGCAACCUCCAUGACGGGCGAGCAGAUUCGGGAUCUUGCCAACAAGCUUGAACCUUUAACCCCCAAAGGCCUCGGACCUGCUGUCGAAGUUGUUGCUAUUGUCUUUGGCAUCAUUAGCGUCAUCUCUGUGUCGCUUCGAGUUUAUGUGCGCGCUGGCUUGUCAGGAGCAUCCACGAGGCUUUUGGGUGUUGAGGAUUCCCUAGCAGUGCUUGCAAUCAUCCCAUUCAUACCAGCUGUCGUUUUCACAGUCUACGCAUCUCGCUAUGGCGUUGGAUGUCACGAUGUCGACAUUCCCUCACCGCUCUAUUUGAUACGCGCCGUCGAGUAUCAGACCUACUGGGAGGUGCUCUACUUUAUCUCCUCGACUAUCAUCAAGUGCGCCAUUGGGUUUACCUGUAUACGUUUGGACCAGCGAAAGCGAAUUGUCGUGCCAAUUGUUGUCAACAUGGCCGUCAUGGUGCUCGUGGCUAUUCUUGCUCUGAUCUUCGUUUUUGCAAACUGCAAGCCGUUUGCAGCAACAUGGAAUCCAGCACUAGGAACGUGCCAGAAAAAAAUCAGCUUGCAGACUGUAAGCUAUAUCGUCUCCGCUAUUCAGAUGGCGACCGACUGGGCAUGUGCCACAAUUCCCUUCUUAAUUGUAGCACAACUCCAAAUGUCUCGACGCAGAAAAGUAUCAGUCAUCUGUAUCCUCGGCCUCGGUAUUUUCGCAAGCGUCGCUACAUGCAUCCGAAUGCCUUACUUGAAAUACUACGAUACCGCGAGAUACCCUACCGAGAUAGCGUAUCACCUCGGUGUCAUCAGUCUCACGUCCAAUAUCGAGUGUAGCUUGGGAAUCAUUGGAUGUUCCCUGCCUCCUCUCCGAAAAUUAUUCAAAUUCUACUACGGUUCUUCUCAUAGUGGGACCUACGAAUUCACGGGGGAGAGUGAGAACGUACUGGGGAACUCUGGUCUAGGCAUCAGGCUUGAAUCGCUCAACGGACACAAUAAGACAUAUCACGCAUCAGCCAAGCGUGCACCCUCGGGUACCAGAGAACACGAAACAGACGACGACGCCUCGAGCCGCAAGGGAAUCAUACGCAAGACCGAGGUAUUCAUUAGUUAA